AUGGCUCAAUCCAACGAGCCGCGGAGGCGGUUCGCCCCCGUCCCCAUCGAGACCACCUUUGAGUCUGUUCGAAAGGGCCCUCUGCAACAGCCGCAGCCGCAGCAGCCACAGCAUCAGACCCAGACGCAAAACCAGCACCCAGGCCCGGCUCCUGAGCCUACCCCCGAACAUACCCCGCGAACCCCUUCUCCCAAUCCCUUCGAGCAGCAAGCGCAACUGCCGCCGCCGCCGCAGCCAGCACAGCAACAACUGCAUCAGUUGCACAAUGCCCAACAAUCGCAACCCCCCAGGCGCCGCUUUGCCCCUCAACUUAUCGAGAGCUCCAGACGCGCCCGAAGAGUAGGAGACGCCGGCCCCGCCACGCGACCAGCCGACAAAACCGACAUCACCCCCUACACGAAUCACAUCUACCUCCAACGCAACAAGUCGAGGCGUAAGGUCAAUGAUGGCGCCUCGUCGCCCUUUUCCCAAACAAUUCAACGACAGCCCAAGGGCGCAAGGAGAGAGUCGGAGGAUGAGAAUGCCGGCACCUACAUGUUGGAAUGGGCAGCCCUGGAGGCUGAGAGACAAAUGCAGGAGGCUGCCCUCGCAGCCUUUCCCAACAGUCGUCCGCGUGAGGGAGGUGCCGCCCAUUUCUACUACAGGGAGAGCUCCGGAGACGACAGCACUCCCGAGAGCGUUUCGCCUAAACCGACCGAUUCCGAGACCAAGCCGCGCACCCGUCAUGCUCACGGCCCCCGCCGCAAGUCGUCGGAGGUGGGAUACUGGCAGAAACACAUGCAAAAACAUGCCGAGACGCUGGCUGUGGCCAGAGGCGAGCAUGCUCCCGUUUUCGACGAUGAUGACGAUGUACACAACGAUUCAGAGCUCGACAGGAUGGAGCUCGACGGGCCCCCUGAUGCCAUGUGGCUGACCAACAAGAGAAAUCACACCACCGACACCAAUCCGCCGAAAGGGGCACUAGAACCGAUUGGCGAAUCUUUCAUGCCACUAAUCGCCUCGACCCCGGUCGUCGCCGACGAGGCUCGCCGGCCAGAACUUCCCCCGCCAGAGUCACUCAGUAAACCAAUUGGCGAGACUGCGAUGCCUUACAUCCCACCCGCUGCUGCCAGCAAGCCGGUCCAGGUCCCCAUUGCCGCCCCCGCGCAGAUCGUCCCCGAGACAGGCCUCAGCAAGGCCGGCGGCGGCGGUUUCGGUAGGCCGUUUGGCAAUUUCGGGCUUCCUCCCGAGACCAGCGAGUUCCGCAGGAUGCGCAAGGCCGCCUCACCGCCGAUGCUGGGCAAGGACCUCGUCUUUCGAAAGUGUCCUUCGCCGAAGCACACAAAACUCGAGCCCGACCAUCCCUUCUCAGAGGGGCCGACCGCGGAAGAGAGAAACAGGGAUAGUACGGGAGAAGCCGGCUUGUGGAGGGGUUACUGCUUCCGAAACAGCGAGAGCGAUCAAGCCAUUGUGCCAUCUCACCUCCACGGGCCUAGAAUGCUGCAUACGCCACUCCCCCCCACUACGUCCGCCGAUCCCUUUGCUGUAGCAUUUGCCAAGGGCUCUGUGACGGACGAGCCAGGGUCGCCCACCACCCUCACUACCGGUGCUGUCGAACACCGUGUCCGAUCCGGCGAGGCAAAGGGUCUUCACAUGCUCGCUGGUCUCGAAGAACGCCUGAAGCGCGAAAAAGCAUUGGAAGAAAAGAUUGCCAGCGAGUUCGACGACACCUUUAUCACUCAGGUCUACAACUAUCUCUCGCUGGGGUACCCCGCCAUGGCACGUGCGUUCGACGAGGAGCUUUCCAAAAUCUCGCACAUGAGUAUCGAGGAGCUGGAAAUGGACGAUGCCAAGCAGAUGGCAAGUGGCCACCUGAUGCAGCCCGCCGAGGCUGAGAUGGCGCAAGAAAAUAGAUGUCCGAGAUGGAGGGCCCUGAAGAUGUACAUCUUCGAAUGGGCGCGGCAACACCCGGACCUAGACAGCCUCGACCCCCUCGCAUGGGGUGUACGAGAAAGACGAGGUAGCUGGGCUAUUUGA